CAGCCGCAGACUCUGCCGGCCGCUGCUCCGCGCGGAGCGGGAGCCGGAUCCCGAGCCAGAGCGGGUGACGGGCUGCGGCGGCUGCGAGGCGGCCCCGCCCCGGGGCUCCAUUGUUGCGGUGGCCCCGGCUCUGCCGGCUGCUCCGCUCUGCCUGGCUUGGCCAGGGCGCCUCCGGCAAGGAGCGAGCGCUGCCGAGGCGGCGGCCUGAGCAAUGGAAGAGCUAAUAGUUGAACUUCGCCUCUUUCUUGAACUCCUGGACCACGAAUACCUGACAUCCACCGUCAGGGAGAAGAAGGCAGUUAUCACCGACAUCCUGCUGCGGGUACAGUCGUCCAAAGGUUUUGAAGUGAAAGAUGCUGCAAAGCCAGAGACCCCCAACAGCCUGCCGGCCCCUCCCCAGAUGCCUCUGCCAGAGAUCCCGCAGCCGUGGCUGCCGCCUGACAGCGGGCCGCCACCGUUGCCGACCUCCUCGCUCCCGGAAGGCUAUUACGAGGAAGCCGUGCCCUUGAGUCCCGGGAAGGCUCCGGAAUACAUCACCUCGAACUACGACUCAGAUGCUCUGAGCAGCUCUUACGAGUCGUAUGAUGAAGAGGAGGAGGAUGGCAAGGGGAAGAAGACGCGGCACCAGUGGCCCUCGGAGGAGGCCUCCAUGGACCUGGUGAAGGAUGCCAAGAUCUGUGCCUUCCUGCUGCGGAAGAAGCGCUUCGGGCAGUGGACCAAGCUGCUGUGCGUCAUCAAAGACACCAAGCUGCUGUGCUAUAAAAGUUCCAAGGACCAGCAGCCGCAGAUGGAACUGCCGCUCCAAGGCUGCAGCAUCACCUACAUCCCAAAAGACAGCAAGAAGAAGAAGCACGAGCUGAAGAUUACUCAGCAGGGCACGGACCCGCUGGUGCUUGCCGUCCAGAGUAAGGAGCAGGCCGAACAGUGGCUGAAGGUCAUCAGAGAAGCCUACAGCAGCUGCGGCGGGCCCGCCGACUCUGAGCGUCCGCCCCCCUCAAGCUCCCCGGUGCACAAGGCAGAACUGGAGAAGAAACUGUCUUCAGAGAGACCCAGCUCCGACGGGGAGGGUGUCACAGAAAACGGAGUGACUGCGUGCAAUGGAAAGGAACACGUUAAGAGGAAAAAAAGUUCCAAAUCCGAGGCCAAAGGGACCGUGACCAAAGUCACAGGGAAGAAAAUCACCAAGAUCAUCGGUCUGGGGAAGAAAAAGCCGUCGACAGACGAGCAGACGUCCUCGGCCGAGGAGGACGUGCCCACCUGCGGCUACCUGAACGUGCUGUCCAACAGCCGCUGGCGGGAGCGCUGGUGCCGCGUCAAGGACAACAAGCUCAUCCUGCACAAGGACAGGGCCGACCUGAAGACCCACGUCGUCUCCAUCCCGCUGCGCGGCUGCGAGGUCAUCCCGGGGCUGGACUCCAAACACCCCCUGACCUUCCGGCUGCUCCGCAACGGACAGGAGGUGGCUGUGCUGGAGGCAUCUUCUUCUGAGGACAUGGGCAGGUGGAUUGGGAUCCUGUUGGCUGAGACGGGGUCCUCGACCGACCCCGGGGCCCUGCACUACGACUACAUCGACGUGGAGAUGUCGGCCAACGUCAUCCAGACAGCCAAGCAGACCUUCUGUUUCAUGAACAAGCGUGGCCUGUCCCCUAGCCCGUAUCUAGGGAGCACCUCCAACGGCUACGCACACCCCAGCGGGACGGCGCUGCACUAUGACGACGCCCCCUGCAUCAACGGCUCGUGGGGACCUGGCGACGACGGCUGCCCUGCUCCCUGGGGCAGAGGCCCGGAAGAGGAGGUGCUCUAUGAUAACGCCGUCCUGUACGAUAACAUGCCGUCUCCGAAAAUCUUUGCACGCUACCCGCCUGCUGACAGGAAGGCGUCUAGGCCGUCUGCCGACAGUCUGUCCUGUAACCACUACAAACACCCCACCUCCUGCACCCUGCCUUCCUCCCCGCCUGUCACUAACACCUCUUCUCUGGGGAGGGCAUCUCUCGGGCUCGGCGCCCAGUUGAAGAGUAAAAAGCCCCCUGUGGCCUCGAAUGGGAUUACGGGGAAAGGCAAGGCUCUGAGCGCGCAGCAAAAAAAAGCCGAUUCAGCAGCCGGCGUGAAGCGGACACCUUCAAACGCUGACCAGUACAAAUAUGGCAAGAACCGGGUGGAAGCAGAUGCCAAGCGGCUGCAGGCCAAAGAGGAGGAGCUGCUGAGGAGGAGGGAGGGCCUGCGGGACCGGCUGGCCCAGCUCCGGAAGGAGAGGAAGGGCCUGAGGGCGGCCAUCGAGGUGAACACAGGCCGGAAGACGCAGACCAUCCUGGAGGAGAAGCUGAAGAAGCUGGAGGAGGAGUGCAAGCAGAAGGAGGCGGAGCGCGUCAGCCUGGAGCUGGAGCUGACGGAGGUCAAGGAGAGCCUCAAGAAGGCCCUGGCCGGCGGGGUCACCCUGGGGCUGGCCAUCGAGCCCCGAGCGGGGACGUCAAGUCCGCAGUCUCCGGUGUUUCGGCAUCGGACUCUGGAGAACUCACCCCUGUCCAGCUGUGAAACCAGCGACGCGGAGGGCCCGGUGCCUGUCAACAGCGCGGCCGUCCUGAGGAAGAGCCAGCCGGCGCCCGGCAGCUCCCCGUGCCGGGGCCACGUGCUUCGGAAGGCCAAGGAGUGGGAGCUGAAGAACGGGACCUAGAGCUGGCGGACGCCCCGACUCAUGCAGCGUCGCCCGUCGAGGGACCCCAGGGAGCUGGCCCGGGGCUCCGGCUGCAGGAUGCCAGCUAGGCCAGGACCCAGACCCGCCGCGUGUAUCUGUCUACUGUAUAAUGGUGCCCUUUAAAGAGAUUCCUUGUACUGCUUUGGCUUCCAACUUUAUUUGUUGAAAGACAGAAGGGGACAGAAGGUAUUGUGGGAGUGUCCCCAUGGCAGAUGGACGAGCCACGUUUUUCCACCAGUUACACGAUCGCUUUACCCAGUUUCAGCCCCACCCCGACUGACGAUGGACGGGCCGUCAGAGGGCCAUGGAAGGCGUGGCCCGUGCUCCUUGUCCCCGGCGUGCCUGUGUGACUGGGUGGGCAUCGGGCUGCCUGCUCCUCUCCCAGGGUCGAGGGGCUGUAACUGCAGCCCCAACAGCAGGAUCUCCCUCCCUGCGUCUCAGCGCCCCCUCCCCGCGUGCGCAGCCCCCUCGUCACCGGGGCAAAGGCACGACGGAAUUGUGCUGUGAAGCGUUUUUUACUUUUCUUUCUUUUUUUUUUUUUAAGAUUUUCUGGACAGAUGCUUUUGUCACCAGGACAUGAAAAGCUGCCACUCUUUUUCAACUUAAAAAGGGUUCUCUUUUUAUCGUGUCACAUUUAGCUCCCAGGGUUUUUCAGAGAUUCCUGUAUCAUAUUUUAUUAAUUUUUUGUACUGCUUUUUGGAGGUAGCAGAUACGCAUGGGUGCCCUUUUCUGCUUCGCGCAGGCCCUUUCCACCCCUUCAGAGCCACGGUGACCCUCUGAGACCCGGGUGGCUUGGGGCGACGGUCACCCCCUCCCCAGGGCACAUCCGUCUUUGUUCAACGUGGGGCAACAAAGGGACCCUCGAGAGCGUCUCUCCCACCGGCUGUGGCCCCCAGUUUGCAAAGGAAGCCAUGACCCGCGGGGGGAUGUGACCUGAUGCUUCCUGCCUCUUUGUGUUUCCCCGUUUGCCUCCCGUGGGAUGUUUCUCAGAGCCGUCGGACACUGGCACGAAGGGGACAGGCCAGUUCACAGGGAGAGCUCGUCUGGGUCUGAGAACCAGGCCGGCUCUCCUCUGUCUGCAGUGGGACCUCGUGGGACUUGUCCAUGUGUGGCCACUGCCCAGGAUCCGUCAACCGCCCCACAGCCCUCUGCAGACUGGCCGAGGGGCCCCAGGCACAACCACCCAGGGGCUCUCGCCCCGUGGUCGGGGCAGUAUCCCCUGCCUGGGAUGUUCGCUUCUCAAGUGCGGCCACAGGAGGCCAGAGAGCCGUGUGCCGGCAUUUCCCAGAUGGGCCUGCGGGCAUAUCCCAGGGCCGCCUCGCCUUCUGCACCCUCGAGGCCCACACAGGCCCUGCUUGAUUUUACUGACAUGAGUUGUCUUGGCGCCCAAGGAAGCUCUGCAGCAGGACCUGGAGGCUGUCUGACUGGAGCCCACCUGAAACUUGAAUUUACCGCAAAGCUGUCGGUCAGGUUCGUGGGCAGCCAGCUGGCGCCCUCACGCUCAAGCCCCUUCGUCCACGGCUUCCGUGUCAGGUGCCCCCCUUGCCCCUCCCCCCAGGGAACCCAAGCCCGGAGGGAGGGGCCUCCCCAAGCCUCAGGCCCGUCAGCAUAGGAGUCAGGACCCCUUGGCAUCAUGCGAAGCUUAUCUUCCUGUGUGCCCUACUGCCUCGUGGGCACAUCAGUGUUCACCGCUUAAGGCUCCUGGGCUGUUCUGACUGGCAGCCAGCUUGGCCCGAGAAGAUGGCCAGGCUUCGAUCGCUACCAAGAAGGGAACCCAGGGCCUUAGCCUGGAGCAGGUGGGCGCAGCAGUGCGCUGGGGGGACGGUUAGCGGAGGCCACCCUGGGCAUCGCCCUGAGUCUUUGUCGGUUGUGCCCAAGGACACAGCCCACCGAUGCCACGGCCGGGAUUUGGACCCUGGGCUUCCACCUCCUGGCGCACAGAUUCUGUGUUCCCCAAACCCAGGCUUCUGCGUUCCUUUCCAAAGCCUUUUAAAGGAUGGUGGCUUCAAUCCCAUUGGGCUCCAAGGAGCCCCUUAAAACGGGCCCCGUGGGGGACGGGCCACCAGCAUCGGGCCCCUGUGAUAGCGUGGGUUCCCCUCCAUGGUUCUAGACUUCAUCAGAAAGUUCGUUUAAAGCAUUUGCUUCAAAAUAAGUUAUUUAUGUGUAUAUGUUUGAUAAAUAUGGGUUUUAAUUUAUAUCUGUACAUAUUAGACACACCGUGGACUUCUUGUCAGAAUUCUGACAGUGAUCUCGUUACGACCCAAAACUUGCCCACGUGGCGGCCCGGGGAUAAUGGCGGAGCUGCCAGGCCGGGGGGACCCAACCUCAGCCCUCUCUCGGGGGAGUGGGACGUGGCCCACGGGGAGAGCCCAGGCUCCUAGAGAAAUGUCACCCAUUCCUCUGACAGAGAGUUCGGGUCACGGGGGGCCAGCCCGUGCCGGCAGCAUCCUGCCCCCGCAUGAGAGGGUUGUGGUGACGGGAAGGAUGGAGGGGCUGCCGGGAAGCUGUCACCCUCGGGGUCCCGAGGCCCUUCCCUGAGCCCUGAGGCCACCGCCAACCUCGGGCUCCUGCUUCCAGCUCUGCUCAGUAAGCUGUCGCCAGCCUUCGAGCGCCCCUCUGUUUCCAUAUUUUUCUAAUGUUUUCCGUUCUUUCCCCCACCUUGUGCGCAGAAACCCAGUGCUGGUCGGAGGGCGCGCCGGGCCCCCUGACAUGGGCUCGGGAAGGUCUCGCUGGCACACGUGUAAAACUAGCUUUUGCCCCUCUGUUCGGGCACCUUGGCGUUGUCCAGCGCGACCUGGUCCCCGAGUUAUUUUUGGCAGCUUCCCAAACCCUGCGGCUUCUCUGAUGGGUUGUGGGUGCGCCCCCUUUGGAAAAGUCUGUCCUCAGAAGUGUGUGUCCUGUCCCUGCAGGCCACCUGCAGAGAGGAGUUCCGGGUUAAUCACAGCAACAGUUGGCCGUGAAUUUCUGUACAGCUUUGAGGCUGGGGCAGGCGCGAGGGUUGUGGGCAAAGCUUCUUGUGGUCCCACCUUUUCUUUCCAGAAGAACAGCCAUCAGCAAGCUAUUGUGAAGGAAACGUCAGUUUUGCCCACCGAUCUAGUUGAGCAGGCAGUGUUCUGUUUAUUCACCACGUCCUGGGUCAGGAAGCUCCCCGGGCUGAGGACAGGGGUGGCGCGCUCAGGCCGGUGGCACCUCUCCCGCCAGAGAGAUGGCGCAGCAGUGGCGGCUGCAUCCCUGCUGGGGCCUUGCGGGCGCUGGGGGCUGACCCGCAGGUGCAGCAGGCAGGGUGCUGCUCGGCUCAGACAGAGGUCACGGCGACACUUCAAUGUUAAACUGUUGUCUUCCCCCCCCCUUUUUUUUUUUCUAAAUUAAGUUUUUUAAUAGAAAAAAUAAUUUCACCCAUGGCAGAGAUUUAAGGAAAAAUUCUGUCAUUCCCUUUGUCGUUGUGGCAUUAUCCCCCCUCCCCCAUGGGCUGGGUUGAUACUGUGAAAUAAACUAAAAAGUAAAUAACAUUUUCAUGCCCCCCCCCCCAUACACACACACACACCCCCCCCAUCACGGAAAAAGAAAGCAGCCUUUCCGUGAGCCCCUGGCCCCAGCGGAACUAAUGUGUCACCUGUAAAGACAAAGAUGAGAGAGCUUCCUGCCCAGGGAACUGCUGGUCUCAGGUGCCCAUCUCCAGAGCCGUGCUUCCAGCUAAGUCCCCCCAGAAAAGCUUACCUGAACCGCGUACAGGUGCCCCAGGGUAUUUCGCGCGGUUGCCAUGGAAGAAAUUUUCUAGAUGGGCUCAUCCGGUCAUAAUUCUUAGGGACCAAAGGUGUUUUUAACAGGAUGAUCUUUAUAUUUGAUUUUUUUAUCGAGAAGGGAAAUGGUGGCUCUACCUUUGUAGCAUCAACUUUUAAAUUAUAGCGAUUCAGCAUGAAUUGACCACGGCUGUAAGUUGUAAAAUGUUUUCAUAUUAAGAAUGUAAUUAUUUCCUUAUUGUAUUUUUUAGAAACGAAAGUCAUAUUUAAAAUUCUCUUUGAAAGAAACAGGCAAGAAACAGGAAAGAUUUUUUUUAAGGAAAUAUGUUGGCAGGGCCCGUUUUAAAAGAACUGUAAAUAUAUUUUCACUGUGUUCCUCGAUGUAUUUAAUCCAUAAAGUAAGAAAAUUUUAUCCGAAGAAACUCGCAUUGGCAAUACGAGUUUUCAGUCCAUUUGCCCGGUUUUGUAGUAGCCACACUUGAAUUUUCUGCUCUAUUAAUGGAUUUUCUUUUCUACAGUUUCGCAUGGUGCAGCCCGCAGACUGGCGCCCCUGGCGUGCCUCAUGUGUGUAAUGUCAUGACUAAUAAACUCGACUCUUCCAA